AUGACGAUACCAAGAGCAAAUGGGAAGACUGCGAAUGGAGAGACGAUAUUGGUAUGGCAUCUGCUGGCAGUGUUGUUAAAGAUUACUGCUUCAGCGGCUGCCCUGAUGAUGAAAGUCCGCAUAGCUAUGGAUCAAAAUAGAGACGGCUGCAAAGGCGACGGUGGUAAAGCGAUGUGCUGCAGCGCAGUAUAUGUCACGAAGAAAAAGCGAUCCUACACUGAUUCUGAAAGUCGACUGGAAUCCGACGUGAAAGAAUUCAUGAAGGACCCAGAGUGCGGCAUUGAUGCUUACAAUUUUAAGCGCGAUUUGGAAGGCAUUGAUUUUGUGGGCCUCUCCUCCGAGAGAUUCAACCACUCGUUGUCUAUACAUCGUCGUUGGGACUCGAAGCCGUAUGAGUCUAUGCACCAACUGAUGCUUGAUGCCGCCUUCACAUAUGCGAUGGGCGCAGCGUCCGUGGAAAUCUGGAACAACUACGUUGUUACUGCUUACCCAAAUUUCGCGAUUAACAAUCUCCACUCAUGGCUGAAGAGGAAUCCCGACUGGAAGAAACAGGGAUCCGCCGAUUAUGCCACUUUGAUGGUUUGCAACAUGGACAUAUUCAACACCAAACUUGGAGACGAAGAUGAUGUGCUCGACUGCGCCUGCACACGGUCAACCUGCUGUUCCUCAGACGAUGACCCCCUAUGUGAUGGAGAGGAUCUAGAUGACGAUGAUGAGGUAGACAACCUCGAAAAACGGACUUUGGAUAAGAGAGCAGGUGCCCGGUCCUCCAACGUACCAUUCCGUUCUGGGGGUAUGGUCCAGUGGCUUUCUUUGCCUUAUAGGAGCAGGGGUGAGUGGCCCAUAGGUCACCGUAUUUGGAGCCAGGCAUUUGGAUAUCGAAACGAUGGGGACUGUCUGGAUACGAGUAUUGGGACUGAAAUAAUCACUCGUGCGAGUGACAGAUCACGCUAUGAUGUGGAACAUUACAUCGAACUCAAUACACCUCAAACGUUUCUCCGCGACGCUUACGCAGGAACUUUACCAUCCGGAGCACAACCCAGAAACCCCGCUCUACCUCGUGCAUAUAUCGAAGCGCUUAAUACUCCAAUGUUGCUCAAUGCCCCUCCAAUGAUAGGUGGCGCGGCAUCAUCAACUCCGCUCACAAGAGUCAUGAAUGCUCUUGGAAGCAGAACAAAUGACCAGCACUUCCUUGUUCUCAUUGCAGCCCUGAACGGGUUAAAGAGUCGGAUGUGGCGUACGAUUGACCCGUACCGUGACAGUACCAUGACCAACGCCAUAAAUAAUGAUGAUCCGACGGUAGCCCUACAAAAUAUCAGAUCUGUCAUCACUGUCAUGAGUUAUCUCAAUGAUCCUCGAGCACGUCCUCACAUGAUUAGUACUGCGAAUGAAGUGCGCACGGAGUUUGGUCUAUCCGACCAGCAGUGGAUCUCCAAUGGAAACGAUCCAGCCUAUGCCCAGGAUUGGUGGGAUCAGUGGUUCCGAAAUCGACUUCAGUAUAUUGGGACAAGCAAUAGGAAUUGGGCCAUUGGUCAGAUAGCUGAUAUGAGACGCAUAUGGGCAGUGAGGACAGGACAGGAUGUCACACCUGUUCUUGAGGUUCUGGAUGAGUAUAAGGCGGCUGCAUCGGAGAUGGAAAUUGACUUGGAUGGUCUAGAUUAA